AUGUUCGCCUCGUCGCUGUCGCGCUCGGCCGCCGGCCGGUCGGCCGGGCGUGCCUUCCGCUUCGCUUCGCCCCUGGCAUCGGGCCCGCUGGCUCCGGGCCCGCUGGCUCCGGGCCCGCUGGCAGUCCUGCCCCCCGGGCUGGCGCUCCCCGAGCCGGUCGCCGCCAUCCCCGCCGCCCCCACCGCCCCACACCGCCUGUUCUCGCUGACCGCCAGUGCAGCCUUCAGCGCUCAAUCCGCCCUGGAUCCGGUCGCUCCCCCGCCGUCGCCCGCCCGCCGCCCGAGCAGCAACGUGAAGUCCCUCUUUUCCGCCUGCGCCGACAUCAUGGCCAAGAAGAAGUCCACCGUGCAGGAGCGCUUUGCCCGCGUGCAGCGCCAGUCCAAAGCCCAAUGGACGCACAUCGUGAGCCAGGCCAACAGCUCGCCGGAGCUCGAGAAGGUCGCCGGCGCCGGAGCCCACCUGCGCUUUGUGAAUGCCAUCACCCCGGACUUGAUGGACGCCUGCUACAAUGUCAUCAUGACCAACAUGGCUCCCAUCUAUGACAAGUCCAACUACAAGUGGACGCCGGCAUCCAAGCGCCAGGAGAUGCGCAUGGACGGCUCGCACUACAUCCUGGUCCUGUCGCCGCACGCCGCACUGGAGGGCACCACCCGGCCGGCCGACGCGCCGGAGCCCCCGCGCGUGGGCGACGACUACCUGGUCGGCCUGCUGGCCUUCUGCGAGGAGCGCGCCGACUACUACCCGCAUACCAGCGAUCUGGAGUGCUUCCUCCCGCCGGUGAACAUGCUCUUCUGCAUCGAGCUCCAGGUGACCCCCGCCUUCCAGGGCAGGGGCCUGGGGUCCUUCCUGCUGGACUUCCUGACCACCCGUGCGGCCACCGCCGGCGUGACCCCCCCGCCGGCCGACAUGCCGGAGAAGCUGGCCAAGUCCUACUUCGCCGCGCCGGACAAGCCGCGCUCCGUGCGCCUUCUGGUGCAGAUGGCCAACACCCCGGCCAUGCACUUUUACCGGUCCAAGGGCUUCCAGCUGCUCAACCGCAGCGCCGACGACCCGGUCGCGGAGAUCCUCGACAGCUCGGAGCCGGCCGAGGACAUCGGCCUGCCGCUGGAGAAGCUCUUCGAGCACUACAUGCUCGAUGCCUUCGGCUACUGCCCGUCGACCGUGUCCAGCCUGGAGUUCAUCAAGGUGGUCACGCCCAACCGCGCCACCUGAGGCUGCCUCCUUUCCUGCCCCCCCCCCC